AUGUCGGAUUCUACCAUCAACGACAAGGAAUCUGAAAUGGAGGCAACCCAGAACAUUCUCUCGGACGAUCCCGAAGUGGUGGAUGAAGUUAAAAAGACGGAAGAAAGUAAUGGCUCUCAAGUGGUUGGUUGGGACGGAGACAACGACGAGCUGAAUCCGAUGAAUUGGCCAGCCGGUAGGAAAUGGGGGACUGUUGCAUUAGUCUCUCUAAUGACGUUUAUUACUCCUCUAGCAUCAUCUAUGUUCUCCCCGGGUGUUUAUCAAGUUAUGGACGAAUUCCAUUCGUCCAGCACCAUUCUUAGCGAAAUCGUUGUCACAGUGUACGUCCUCGGAUUCGCUAUCGGGCCUCUCCUUGUCGGACCUUUGUCGGAAAUAUAUGGCCGCAAAUGGGUUUACCUCAUUUCGUGCUUUGUGUUUUUCGCCUUCACCAUUACCUGCGCUGUCAGUACCAAUCUGAACAUGUUGAUUGCUUUUCGAUUUCUGGCUGGAUGUGCAGGAUCCACGCCAACCAUACUUGGGGGUGCUACAAUUGGCGACAUGUUUACGAAAGAGAAGAGAGGAGGAGCGAUGGCCCUUUGGGGAAUGGGCCCGCAACUUGCUCCUGCGAUAGGGCCUGUGAUAGGAGGAUUCCUGUCCCAGGAACAAGGGUGGAGAUGGGUCUUCUGGUUCCAAGCUAUAAUAUCAGGGGUUGUCAUGGCCGUUGGUUUUGUACUGCUACGCGAGACUUAUGCGCCUGUCAUCCUCGAGCAUAAAGCCAAGAAAUUGAGACAUGAGACAGGAAACCAGGCGUUGAGGUCUUCGCUUCACGACUCGACGUUGACAUCACAAAUAUGGACCAGGGCUAUAUUCCGGCCGAUGAAAAUGCUUCUGUGUUCACCCAUUGUAUUUUUGCUGUCCCUUUAUGUCUCAGUUUUGUUCGGAUAUCUCUAUCUUUUCAUUGCAACAUUUCCGUUGGUUUUCCAACAGCAGUACGGCUUCAGUGUGGGCAUCAGUGGUCUUGCAUAUCUUGGACUUGGGAUCGGCUCUUUCCUCGGGCUUGUUAUCACAGGCAAGACAAGUGAUGUGUUAUAUGGCAAACUAUCGGAGAAGAAUGGAGGGGCCUCAGCUCCAGAGUACCGACUCCCUCCUCUCAUGUUGACAAGUCCACUUGUGACAAUAUCCUUCUUUUUAUACGGAUGGUCUGCCAACGCUCGCGUUCAGUGGAUUGUACCAAUCAUCGGCACUGCACUCUUUUCGAUGGGAAUGAUUCCUGCAUUCAUAUCUAUCAACAUGUACCUUGUCGAUACAUUUGGCAAAUAUUCUGCAUCCGCCCUAGCAGCGAGUAAGGUUCUUCAGUCAAUCGUUGGAGCGUUUCUCCCUCUGGCUGGAAAACCUCUUUAUGACAAUCUUGGACUUGGUUGGGGCAAUUCAGUGUUAGGGUUCAUCGCGUUGUCCCUUGUCCCUGUCCCGUGGGCCUUCUUCAAAUAUGGAGCGAUAAUACGAACGAAGUUUCCCGUCACAUUUUGA